GCUGCUUAUAACACGCGGUGGACCGGUCCUUCUCGAGUGAACUCUUUUGUAGGACUUGGCGCCUGAAUUUGCGCAGAGAACUCGAGCGCUUGCUCGGCUCGUGUUUUGGAAGAGAGUGUUUCGUUUAGUUUCAUAAAUAGAAAGGAAACUGGUGCAACGUUAACUUCGAUAGGCUCUUGUAUAUUUUUUGUCGGAGUUAGGAAGGAUGGAGAUGAAAAACAGAAUCAACUUGGAACUAAGAAACAGAAAGCCGGCGGAGGUUAAAGAGCUUGUGUUGGAUAACUGCCGUUCAGAUGAUGGGAAAAUUGUUGGUCUUUCAGCAGACUUUGAAAAUUUAGAGUUCCUUAGUAUGAUCAAUGUGAACCUGUUGUCUGUGGCUAACCUGCCUAAGCUCCCUAAACUGAGAAAGCUUGAAUUGAGUGACAACAGAAUAUCUGGUGGUUUGGAAGUUCUUGCAGAGAAGACUCCUAAUCUGGUUCAUCUGAAUCUCAGUGGCAACAAAAUCAAAGAUCUCAGUACAUUGGAUCCAUUGAAAAAACUUCCCAACCUACGUAGCCUGGAUCUGUUCAACUGUGAAGUGACCAUGCUGCAGGAGUAUCGUGACAGUGUGUUGGGACUGUUGCCUCAGCUCACUUAUUUGGAUGGCUUUGACGCAGAUGAUCAAGAGGCUCCAGACUCUGACCCAGAUGGCCUUGAUGAGGAUUUUGAUGAAGAUGAAGAUGAAGAAGAUUGUGAAGAGGAGGAGGAAGAGGAUGAAGAUGAAGGGGAGUUUGAUGAAGAUGGAGUCAAUGAGGAUGAGCUGGAUGCAGAAGAGGAGGAGGAUGGUGUUGAUGAUGAAGAAGAUGAGGAUGAAGAUGAUAGUGAGGAUGAUGAGGAUGAAGAUGAUGCAGCUCAUGGUCAGAAAAGAAAAAGGGACAUAGAAGAUGAUGGAGAAGAGGAUGAAGAUGAGGAUGAUGAAUGAAGUCUUGUCCGGACUGUCAGACGUGGGCAUGUGGGUGGCUGUGGAGUGUCUGCAGUUUACCUGUGACUUGUUGGGGUGACCAGGUCCCCUGGUUCAAAGCUUUUUCAAUGUGAUAACCUUUUUUCUUUUCUACUCCAUUAGUUUGCUGGUAAUUGAUUUAAACCAGGAGACUUUUUUAGAUUCUAUAUAAACAUAAAGCUUUCAGUGUGUUUUGAAGCACUUUGAGCCGCGUCUCCUCCGUGUAAGCUAUUUGGGGUUUGUGCAUUGAGACUGCCUUUCAUUCCACACAACAGUAUUUUACUUCCUUUUUAACAACAGCUGUAAAUGUAUGUACAUAGGACUCUGUGGUGGUCUCCAGUGCUAUUUUUAUUUUGCCUCUUUUUACAGAGGAGUAUUCUGGAGUGGUGGGGUUUUUUAAAUUGACAGGUUAAAUGCUGUUUUAGAGGACUGCCGACACUGGAUGGAGGGAUCGGCGGGCACUUGCCCUGUGUUGCCAUGGUCCAGUCUUCAGCCUGUGUAUAGUUUUGAGGCUUAGACAUAUUUUUGAUCAUGUAUUUAUAAAUUUUUCAGGUUUUGUUUUUAAAUGAUUACAUUUAGAAGUUUAUGUAGACUAGAGGAAUGUACAACACGACUAGACCAAUAAAUACUGGAAUCUUU